AUGGUGUGGUCUGCAGCGCCCCCUGCUGACCCUCCGUGCAGGCUUUAGGAGAGAGGAGACGUGUCCCAUUCUUCGAGUGGCGUUAACGUGUAGAUGAAGGCAGACAGCUCUGGAGGCAACAUGGGAGGAAAAGCAAACAUGAAAAUGGCAGAAACCCCAUUUGAAUCAUUUCGUCAGCAAGUAGAAGACCAAGACCCAGUUCUUCUGAUCGGACUUAUCGUCGCUUUGGCGGCUGUUGUCAUCACCUGUGUUUUUCUGAAGUACUUUCUCACCAGCAAAACUGUUAGAAGUGCUGUGCUGCUGGUUGGACUGUGCGACUCUGGGAAAACGCUUCUUUUCAUCCGGCUGCUGUCAGGAAAGUUCAAGCGGACGCAGACCUCCAUCACUGACAGUAGUGCUCCUUACAAAGCCAAAAAUGACAGGGGCAGCACCUGGACUCUCAUCGACCUGCCAGGACAUGACAGCCUUCGCCCUCAGUACCUGGAGAAGUUCAAGUCUGCAGCCAGAGCGAUUGUGUUUGUGGUGGACAGUGCUAUCUUCCAGAAGGAAGUGAGAGACGUGGCAGAGUUCCUGUACGUCUUGUUGACGGACACUGUGAUCUCCAGAAAUGCCCCCACUCUGCUGGUGGCAUGUAACAAACAAGAUAUCACCAUGGCAAAAUCGGCUAAACUGAUUCAGCAGCAACUGGAAAAGGAACUGAACACCUUGCGAGUGACUCGCUCAGCAGUCCUCAGCUCUCAGGAUGGCUCUGUGGGUGGCAGUGUCUAUCUGGGGAAGAAAGGCAAGGACUUUGAGUUCAGUCAGCUGCCUAUGAAGGUGGAGUUCCUGGAGUGCAGCGCCCGUGGCAGCAAGGGUGAAGAGGGGGAUGCAGACCUUGACAGCCUAGAGAAGACCCUGGCUAAACUGUGAAAUCAGAGACUCGACAUCUCAGGGCAGACUUUGCCUCAAAGGUACAGACUGCAGACUAGAACACCUCAACGUCCGCUGUCACCUCAGUAAUCAGAGGGAUGAAAACUGCAUCUCAGAGGAGGGACGAUUUGACAUAAGUACCCAGUCAAGCAUGAUCCUAUCUGUGGUGACUGUCAAUGGAAACCAUUAAGUGACAUUAAAGGUGGAAGACCUUUACAGAUACAGUGAAGAAAGACUGAAAGUAAUGUAAUGGAAAAUAAUAUAGCUGUUUUGUCAAUGCUGAGAAAUGGUCAUGUGCUUAUUCAGUGUAAAAUCGUACUGUGAACAUCCACCGUAAACCACUUUAUUUGGCUUAAUUAGAAAAUAUAUAGUUUGAAAAUUUUGGGAAACUACAUUUGUUGUUUAUAAUAGCAAUAUAAAGCAUUGUGACUUUCACCAUGUUUAUUUUAAGUGUCUCAGCUAGUCUAACCUGUAGGCUGCAGAUGCAAGACAGCGACUCCGACAGCCAGCCUUGUGCCUUGUUUUUUGUGGUUUUCUUAUAGAAGUGUUUUCUUUGUUUGUAGAAGGAAGAACAGUGUGAAUACAAAGCAUUUGCUGUGAAUGUAUGAGUUUGUUGUCAUAAAGAACAAAGUUGUGUAUAUAGUCACCUGGCUUCUCUAAAUAUGGGCCAUAUAAGGUUUUCCAUGCUUGAUGGUGCAGUUGAAGUCCAAACAGUGUGGUGGUGUAAAUGAUUGAUAUGCAGCAAACAGAAUUUGAUCAUUAACAUAUAAAGGCUAGGUGUGAGUUCAAAUAGUACCACUGUUCCCUAGGAUGAGGUCAUGUGACUAUGUGGCUGCAAUCUCUGUUGUAAACUGUUUUCAAAUGUCAGAACAGCUUUGACCUUUUUUUUUUAAUCCUCCAUAAAAGUACCACAGACUCAGUGAAAUAUGAAAUGCAAGCUUCUGUGGUAGUUUUGCAGUCCACAAAUGUGCAUGUUGUUUAUUCUGUUGUAUAAUAAAUCCAGUGUCAUACAA